UGCUAGCUAGCUAGGGCGACGACGUAUAGAAUUUACAUUACAGUAUUUUGUUUUGUUUUGAUCAGUUAAUGCUUUGUUUCUGAAGAAUUUACUAUGUGAACAAUUUUAUUCUUAUUUUCGAUUAGUGUUAGUUAAAUAAACCUAUGUUAUGAUUGUUUAUACUAAGUUUAAGUAACUUAGGCUUUUAAACAAUGUUGUGACACUGGGUCAAAAACAAAAAGACUAGGCCUAGGCCUACUUACCGUUUAUCGAUGUUUACGUUUACGAUGAUUUAAGAAGACUGUUUGGAUUUUAUUGUGAACUAUUUUACCAUUUAUUCUUGGGUAUCUAAAAUUACCUACAUUAGCCUCGGAACCCUGUAAAGAUGUUAAGAUUCUUGAGUAGAAAAAGGGGCAGAAAUGCCCAAAAAACAUCUACACUAAUCAAACCAGGAAGUCAGAGAUAUACUUCUCACAAGAACCUUGUACAGUGUAAAGUUAUUUUAUUGGAUGGCACUGAUCUCUCUGUUGAUCUAUCGAAAAAAGCAAUUGGAAAUGACCUGUAUGAGCAAGUAUUUUACUCAUUGGACCUGAUUGAAAAGGAUUAUUUUGGGCUUCAAUACACUGAUGCUAACAAUGUGCAGCAUUGGCUUGACCCAACAAAGGCUAUCAAAAAGCAAGUUAAAAUCGGGCCUCCUUACACUCUUCGACUCAAGGUCAAGUUCUACUCCUCAGAACCCAACCUGCUGAGGGAGGAACUCACCAGGUAUCAGUUCUUCCUGCAGCUCAAGCAGGAUAUUCUGGAGGGAAGACUAGAGUGUCCUGAAAACACUGCUGUAGAAUUGUCUGCCCUAGCUCUUCAAUCGGAGCUUGGUGACCAUGAAGAAGGCUACCACACUCCAGCGGUCAUCUCUGAGUUCAGAUUUGUACCCAACCAAACUGAAGACAUGGAGAUACUCAUAUUAGAGGAGUAUAAGAAAUGCAGAGGCUUGACCCCGGCCCAGGCAGAGAUGAACUACCUCAACAAGGUCAAGUGGUUGGAGAUGUACGGAGUGGACAACCACAUAGUGCUGGGCAAAGAUGGCUGUGAAUAUGCUCUUGGCUUGACACCAACUGGCAUACUGGUGUUUGAGGGAACUCAAAAAAUAGGAUUGUUUUUUUGGCCGAAGAUUGGAAAGUUGGACUUCAAGAAGAAGAAGUUGACGUUGGUAGUUGUGGAAGAUGACGACCAAGGAAGAGAGCAGGAGCACACCUUUGUGUUCAGACUUCACAACGAGAAAGCCUGCAAGCACUUGUGGAAGUGUGCAGUAGAACAUCAUGCCUUCUUUAGACUUAGAGCACCAGUCAAGGGCCCCUCUGCCAGACAGAAUUUUUUCCGAAUGGGUUCCCGAUUUAGAUACAGUGGGAAGACAGAGUUCCAAACAACACAGCAAAACAGAGCGAGGAGAACAGUGCAGUUUGAGCGAAGGCCAAGUCAGCGUUACGCGAGGCGCCAAUCACACGUAUUGAGAGAGAAACAAAGAGGUAGUAACACAUCAGGCGAGACUGCAGCAAAGAAGAGUGAGGGCCAGGCGUCUAGCAGUAGCAGUGAGGUGUCAGUGGUGCCCGCGCCUGUUGUGGUUGUUCCUGUAGAGACAGACGACACAGCUCCUUUGGCGUCUGACACUGCGUCACUCGUGGGAACCCUCCGCAGGCGCAAGUCUAACUCUAACUCUGGUGUAGCUGAAGAGAGACUUGAUUCAUUGUUGAAGAGUUUGGCUAAAGAAACAAUCACAAAUCACAAUUUAGAAGAUAAAAACGAUUCCAGUUCCCCCUUGUCCAGCCUCUCUAGUAAGGCUGAAGAUGUGAACGUGGAGGGAGAAUGUUCGCCUCGCUCUCCAAUACCCAACAACAGGAACGUUCAGUCAGGCUCUGGUCCUAGACCCAUACCACUCGACCAGCUUAAGUGCAAUAUACUCAAAGCUAAAGUUGAAGAAGAGAUGCGGAAGUCUCCUCAGACUCCAACUGACUCGUUUGAACGAAACAAGAUGUCCAAUGUUACAGCUUCAGCUGCUGACUCCUCACAUUUGGACGGAGAGGUCGCUCAUCUUAGUAAGAAGAACCAUCUAUUCGGGAAGGAGCAAGCAACAUUUGUUUCAGUUGGUGGGGACAAGUUGACUCUGUCACUCAGUGGAGCUGAAGACAAGAGUGAAGAGCUGCCGUCACCUGUGUCACCCACGGGUCGGUCACCCACACCCGUCACAGUCACACACUUCUCAUGGGGUGAGGCGGGCAGGUUAGAGCAAAGAGUCGUGACCCCUUCAGCUCGGUCACCCGUCCCCUUCAUGUCUCUCUCCGUAGCUCCUGUGGAUCCUCCAUCGAGCACCAACCCGUUCCUCAGCACCACCAACCCGUUCCUACAGUAUCCAAACUCCAACCCGUUUGUAGACAUGGAUGACAAAGUCGCCGAUGUUGAUGAGUCUGACAAGGCCGAAGUGAACGGUUCUGGUCUUGGAAGUGGGAAAGUCCCCUCUUCCCCUGUGGAUCCUUGUCCUGUCAUAGUGCCUCCUGGAUCACCUCAGAGUGAGAAACUUUGCGAGACUCCAGUCAGGGAUAACAAAGCAGGCAGUGGGAUUACCCUGAACCAGCUGUCUCCGUGGUUGGUUGCUUCAGAACCGUCCAAACCCAAGACAGAGGUCAUCGUCCGCAAGACUGUGAUCACCACUCAACUCUGAACAUUACUGCAGUUUCAAAAUACUUCCUUUCUUGCCAACUCCUUAGAAAUAGCCAUAGAGAGUUUAUGAAAGGUUUUCUCAAUUUGAGUCAGGUUUCAUCAAACAUCCCGCUUCAUUCUGGGGGUUAACAAAAUAAAAAAUCAUCAGUUUUGUCAAUUUUAUUUAUGAUUAAAGCAUUUGGAUUUUGAUUCAUAUUUUGAUACAACGAAUAAUGUGAACAGAAUAAACUAAAAUGCCAUUUUCAAUAGUUCCUUUAGUUUCUUUAAUAAAUAACAAAUGCUAGCUAAUUAAUUGCGAUUGGUAUGCUCUUCCCAUUUAGAUUUUGAUUUAGAGUAACUCCAAGCAAAUACUAUAAUUUUAGUUUUACACAUUACUAAGUUAUAAUCAAACAGCAGAUUGGCUAAAACAGUUCCUUUAAUUAAUACGGUGCAUCACAUUAUUCAGUUUCAAUUUACUAGAGUAAAAUAAUCUAGAAUAUUGUUAUCUGAAUGUAAUGUCCAAUACAACACACCUAGGCAGAUAUAAUUUACAAAUAAUAUAUACACAAAUUGAAUGACAAAGGCCCUAAGACUGAACCUUGUGGGACUUCAGUAAUAAUCUCCGUAAAAAAGAUGACACUGUAUGUAGCUAAACUCAAAAAUAUGUUUUGAACAAAAUUAACUAUUUAUUAUUCUAUGUAUGCCAAAACCCCCAGAUUUAUCCAGGAUAUUUGAAAAUCCUCUAAUUUUAGUCUUGAAUUGAGAUAACUAUUUCUUAAUCAGAUAUAGUUCAAAUACCACUGGGAAAACUAAUCUGAUGCACAUUUUUACAGUGUCUCACUCUCACAUGUAUAAAUUGUGUAAAAUACACCUCAGCAAAGGCAAACCAUGAGGAAUUUGAAUUGUUCUUGUUUGAUUAUGUUCUCAACUGCAAAGAAGCCUCGCUUCUCUUCAAAUUAGCCAAAUAAUAUUCAACUGGUGAAUAAUAUGUAUGACAAUAAAAUCUUUUGAUGAAUUCGUAUCAAAAUAUUAAAUGUUUAAAUAUAGUGUUUUAAUUCAGAUAAGUCUACUUUUUGUGUCAAAAAGUGUUCAUGAUGUGCCAAAAGACCAUAUUAUCAACUAAACCCUUUUGGUAAAAGUAGUUUUAAAUUCAUCAGUCAAUUAUACCUCUUCAAGGAUGAUUUUCGGUUUAAGUACUGCAGUUGUGGUGAUUUUCUGUUCUGCAUCGAUGUAGACGAUGGCUGAACUGUGUAUAGUCAGGAUGGGAUGAUGUGUAUAUAUUCUAUAUAGCCUAACAACCUUUUGGUAGCUAUUUAUGUCUUUCCCUUUGACCUGGUCAAAAGUCACUAUUGUGUAUAUUUGUUGUUCCACUAUUGUUGUUUUGUUCCAUUCGACUCUCGUAAUUCUAUUUAGCUGUAAAAAAAAGGUUUUGGGAAAGGUUUCUUUAAAAGCAUUUGGUAGUAAAAUGGUGUCAUCCAGUUACUUAAUUUGCUGUAAAGUACUUAAUUUGUAGUAGUAUUUUUCUCAUGAUAUAGUAAAGCCUUGAUGUCGCAGAAUCGUAGAGCAACAUUUCUUGAACGAAUUGGACUCUGGAACAAUACUUCUGGACCAUACAGUUAAAUAUUUCUAUAGUUCAAAGGAUGAAGGCAGAUGUAAGAAUGAGUUUGACAAAGGUUAAGAUGUAAAAUUGUGUUUAUGAAGUAUGCUUAAUAGUUAUUUGUGCAACUAGUGAGCAAAGUGAGCAAUUGACUCACUCGAGAGAAAUCCUUACUCACGAGCCAUUGCACUUUGCACUCGAGUUGCACAUUAUAUUUUUCCUACAGUUACAAUAAAACAAAUAAAUUAGUAAAGAAACAUGACAUAUUUUUACACAGAAGUGAACUUUUAAUAUGACAUUUAAUGAUCAACACGAUCAACAACAGUACAACAGCUGACCAGCUGAUUUACAGCCAGUGCUGCCAACGUUUUUCACGUGCAUACGACCUUGUCUGCAUGUUACGCGCUCACUAUUUCGUGCCUUCACGUUGCAAAUCUGGAGUGAGACAAUGUUAACAUUGUCUCACUGCUGAGCGAAUUGGCCACUUUGCUUUCUCAAAUCAGUGAGAGAACAUGUACAUUGUUAGGUAACUGUAGGAAAACUUAUUUUCCACACUGUAGCAUAACGUGCCUCAUGAGAAUCUAAAUGUUGGCUCUCAUUAAUAAAUCCCACAAAUAAGUAAAAAUUCUGCAUAAAGUGGAAUAUUAAGUUAGUAUAAAGACUAAUUAAAGAAUAAAACCGCUUUUGCUGGUUAAGUAUGUGUAAUACAUGAUGGGAUUAAAUCCCAAAUUACAUUAUUAUAAGCCAUAAAUAUUUUUGAGUUGUUGCUAAAUAAAUAUCAAACAAAGAAGGCUUUACUGUAUUAAUCCAGAUUUUAUUAAAGAUUAUUUAUGAUAUGUACACAAUAAUCAGCUAGGCCUAUCUCUAGUUAUGAGUAGUCGGCUGAAAUUUACUUUUCAGCUUAUCAUUUUGCCUGUUUAGAAUUUAUUUAAUGUUAUUUUAGUUUAUAUACUUGUUAUUUCUUUUGUUUAAUUAUGAUUUAGCAAAACCAGGUUAGAUUGAAGCAACUGGAUAUUGUUACAGUGUUUUUUUUUUUAACAUACAUUCCGUAUCUACUGUACUUUUAUUUUUUUUUACCAGAUCUACAUAUUGUGUAUGCUAUUGCUGCGGGCUUCGGGAAAGUAUUACCAUGAUAAAUAACGCAUUUAUUCUAAGUAUAUUUUCCAUAUCUAAUGUAAGAUAAUAUAUGUCUAUAUUGUGUUUUACAAUUACAGUUCCUUGUACAUCAACCAUAUCAUAAUGGCCUGCUUUGACACUUUGCACUAUUUGUGUGUGUAUGUGUGUGUACUGUUAACCAUUUACACAUAUUUUCUUAAGUCACAAACUUUUCUGUUGAUUAUAUAACUUUAAAAAAUUUAUUUUGAAACAUGAAAUGCAGAACUUUUGGCGUUAAUAACCUCUACAGUACCAAACAUUAUUCAUCUCACUUUGUAAAAUUAGGUAAUUUUUUUAAUCAUUGAAGAAUUAUUUUUUUGUAUUCCUUCCUCAAGUUAAUUUGUUGAUUUGAACAAUUCGUCACUUGCAAGAAGAAGGGGCCUAAGUACAUAAGCCUGCAUGUAGUUACGUUACGCUCCUUUGUCUUGCUAGCGUUGGAUUAAGUAUUGACUAGGACAGACUUACAAGUUAUUAAGGCACUGGUUGAUGUAUUAAUAUAUUUGUCUUUUUUAUCAGUAUUUGAAUUGUAUUGAUACAAUAAAUUAAAAAGUGAAAUUGCUAGAGUAAUAUAGAGUAAAUACUCUUUUUUUUAUAUUUCUUGUUCUAAUGGUGAUUUUCAAUGCAAUUAAAGAUUGUGAUGUAUAAUUAUUUUUGCAUGUUUUUUUAGCUGAGUCAUAUUAAAAAUCAAUUGUAAAAUGCAGCUGGUUUUGGAGGUUCCUUUUUUUAUAUACUUAAAUUUAGCAUCAUGCUUUUUUAUAUAGCUAAAUUAUAUAGGUACAUCUCAAAUCAACUGCUAAAAUUUACAUAUUUUAAGUGUUGUGCCUUUAAGUACAUUUAAUAGUGAAUACAUUUUUUCACAUAUUUAAGAAUGUCUGUUAAUAUUAUUUUUGCUUGUGUAAUUUUAUCUACAAAAGUGUUUUGCUUGCAAAGACUUAUUGUAAGAUAAUGAUUUACUAACCCUAUUAUUGUAGUUGUACUCAGCAUUAUUUAGCAGCAAAACGGUUGAGAUUAUUUAAUCAAAACAACAUGGAAAGUUAUUUGUUUAAAUAAUUUCUAACUUAUUAGUUUUAUGAAAAAAUAUUUAUAAUUAUGAGUUUAGUUUUACCAAAUAUACAAUUUUCCUGUGUGAAAUGACUCCAGACUAUAAAAAUAAAAUUGCUCACUGAUACAAAUUGUUCAAAAACUUUUAAUCUAUAUUUUAGUGUAGACUGACCAUAGUGCCAUUAUUCCAUGCCUUCUUGAAUAAGCCAGUUAAUCUGUAUUUACUUAAGAAUAUGUAUAUUUUAAGACGAUUAUUACUACUAUUCCGUCCUUAUUUAUACUAGACAAACAUGUAGAGAUUGACUUUUGAAAAUAUACAGCUUAUUUACAAUGA